AUCUGACGAGUGAUUGUCAAAGUCCACUCUGUUCAUGUCCUUCUUUUCUACAAUCCAACUGUUUUGGGGCAGAAAUUUUUCUGCUGUCUUGACUUCGUUUUCAGAGGUUUGUAUGGUAGACCUCUUCUCGAGAGGGUGCUUUAUGCUGGAGAGAAAGGAGGGGGUUCCCUACCAGAUGGAGCUCAUUACCUCAGCAACAAGCCUGAAUGCUUGCGCCGCAACACAUUAUCCAAGAAGCACUGACGGGAGAAGCUUGGGCGAUACACCAAUGGCUGCAGGGCACAAGAACACCACCACAGCGACGCUCCUAGUUCUGCUGCUGUCAUUGAUGCUCUCUUUGACAGUGUCAGUGGCGCGACUGUCCAUUGCUACGGCUGUGGAGGUGUGUGUGAAGGCUGCUGUCGGGGCUCCUGACAAGCUUGGCGACUGUCCCUUCUCGCAGAGGGUUCUGCUCACUCUGGAGGAGAAGAAAGUACCUUACCAGUUGAAGCUCAUUGACCUCAGCAACAAGCCUGGAUGGUUUCUGAAGAUCAGCCCAGAGGGUAAGGUGCCUGUGUAUAACGGUGGUGAUGGCAAAUGGAUUCCUGAUUCUGAUGUGAUCACCCAAGUCAUUGAGAAGAAGUACCCAACUCCAUCCCUGAUCACCCCUCCAGAAUAUGCAUCAGUGGGAUCAAAGAUUUUCCCAUCCUUCGUUAAGUUCUUGAUGAGCAAGAAUGCUAAAGAUGGUUCAGAGAAGGCACUUCUCCAUGAGCUGCAGGCGCUGGAGUUGCAUCUCAAAGCUCACGGCCGCCCCUAUAUCAGUGCGAAGAAUGUAUCAGCUGUUGAUCUUAGCCUGGCGCCGAAGCUGUUCCACCUCGUGGUGGCGCUGGAGCAUUUCAAGCACUGGAAGGUCCCAGAAAGCCUGUCCAACGUACACGCCUACACCAAGGCUCUGUUCAGCCGCGAAUCUUUCAUCAAGACUAAGCCAACCAAGGAGCACCUGAUUGCGGGAUGGGUGGCCCAUGGUGCCCGUGUAAGCCCCCGUGCCCAUGGUGCCUUGUUGGUACCUGGUGGACAUCCCCGGUUGAUCUGAUUAGUCGUUGUCAGUUGUGUGGAUAAGGCGUCUCGUGUGUAGCUUGGACGCAUGAUUGCGUUGUAAAUUGUAACAAUAAUGGAGAGUGCCAUGUUCCGAUUACACCACAGUUGUGGCUGUUGCAAGUGUGCGCCUUUUUUAUGGACCUAAUAUCGUUGCCGGGCAUCUCUUUGUUUCUUAUUAUGGAGCCUUCAAUUGUCUACCUGGGCACUCCUAUGCGUCCCCGGGGUCAUGCGUCAUCAA